UUCAGCAAGGGCUCUGUGUGGUGCGUACUGUGGCUUUAAAUGGCGCUCCUCCCCCUCCGCUUUCCUCCGCUCUGGAGGUGCUGAAACGUCGCCUUUCUCGUUUCAGAGCACUAGCAGCCAUGGCUGAAAUAAAGACAGGCAUAUUUGCCAAAAACGUCCAAAAGAGGCUCAGUCGGGCACAGGAGAAGGUUCUGCAGAAGUUGGGAAAGGCAGAUGAGACGAAAGAUGAACAGUUUGAGCAGUGUGUGCAGAACUUCAAAAGACAGGAGUUUGAGGGCUCUAGGCUACAGAGGGAAAUGAAGGCCUACAUAGCAGCUGUGAAAGGGAUGCAACAAGCUUCUAGGAACCUGACAGAGUCAUUACAUGAAGUAUAUGAGCCUGACUGGCACGGCAAAGAUGACGUCAUGACCAUUGGAAAGAACUGUGACGCUCUGUGGGAGGACUUCCAUCAGAAGCUGGUAGACUCUACCAUCAACACGCUGGAAACAUAUCUGACUCAGUUCCCAGAUCUCAAGAUGCGUGUUGCAAAGAGAAGCAGGAAGUUAAUUGACUAUGACAGUGCAAGGCACCAUCUUGAGACCCUGCAGGCUUCAACCAUGAGGAAUGAGAAGAAGAUAGCAAAAGCAGAGGAAGACUUGAAAAAGGCCCAAAGGGUUUUUGAUGAUCUCAACGUUGGCCUGCAAGAUGAACUGCCCACACUCUGGGAUAGUCGGGUGGGGUUCUAUGUGAGCACCUUCCAGAACGUCUCCAGCCUGGAAGCCCGAUUCCAUAGGGAGAUCUCUUUUCUCUGUCAUAAGCUGUAUGAAGUGAUGAAUAAGCUCGCUGAACAGCACUCGGACAAAAUGUUCACGAUUCAGGGAGCACCCAGCGACUCAGGGCCCCUGAGAUUAGCCAGGACUCCCACCCCGCCUGAUGAUGAGAGCCCUGACAGCAGCCCAGCUGCCAGCCCCAACCACACACUAAGGCCUACAUCACCUGGUCCACCUCGACCCAAAUCACCUUCACAGCUCAAGAUGGGACCUCCAAAACCACCUCCUCCAAAAGUUACUCCAACCAAGGAGCUCCAACAAGAGCAGAUAAUCGACCUAUUCGAUGGAGGCUUUCCUGAGAUCAGUGUUACAUCACCACAGCCAAACGAGAAACCUGGAGAAUCUCUCCUGGACUUGGAUUUUGAUCCGUUCAAGCCUGAUGAAAGUACACCUAUUGGCCAGACCCAAUCACCCAUAUCUCAGACAUUACCCUGGGAUCUUUGGUCUGGAAAUGCUGCACAGCCUGCACAGCCUGCUGCAGAUGCUGGCUUCACUGCCAACUGGGCAGCUGACUUUGGCUCUUCUGCCACUACGGGUACAGAGGAAUCUGCAAAUGCUCAACCUGCAGCGGAUGGGCAAGGAUGGCCACCUGCCGAAGGUUGGCCUACAGAGGCACCAUCACAGCCUCAAGGAGAGGCAGCCACAGAUGAGGUGUCCAACAAGGCUUUUAACGGAUUUUCUAAGGAUGCAACAGUUCCAACAUUUGUGGCCGACUUUGAUAAGAUGUCUGAGGCUGAGGCCCCAGAGGGUGAUGUAGCUGAAGGAGAAGGUGAAGCAGCCCCAGCCUCAGAACCUGAGGGUGGGGAAGGUCCUGUCACCACUCCCCCCGCAGACACACAACCAGAGGAGAUCACUGCUUCAAGCCCUCCUGCAGAGACAGCCACAAGCACUGUGGAGUCUCCAGUGUCUGCUGAGACUGAGGCAGCUGAGCAGGCUGAGCUUCCAGUUGAGGACAUAGAAAAGGAGCAACCCAGUGAAGAAACCCCGGAAUCUGCUUCCGUCCAAGAAACACAGAAGGAGUCACCUACAGAGGCGGCUCUGGCUACUUUUGAGGAUAAAGAGUCUCCCAUUGAAGAGACUCCGACUAUAGAUGCCAAACCAGAGGAAGAGGCCAGUUCACUAGAAGCCAAACCAGGAGAUGAACCAGAUAAUGUUGAGCCCAAACCAACAGAUGAACCAGAUAAGGUUGACACCCAACCAGGAGAUGUUCCUGAUAAUAUUGAGCACAAACCAGGAGAUGCUCCUGAUAAUGUUGAGCCCCAACCAGGGGAUGAAACCAGUAAGGAGGGUGCUGCAAACAAUGGGAAAGCAGAGGAAAAGAUGCCUAUCCCUUCUGUUGUUAUUGAGCCUGCCUCUAGUAAUGAGGGUGAUGAUGACCGUGAUGGUGAUAUCACAUCUCCAAUAGCCACCAGUGGCAAUGGGGUGAUCCCUGAAUGCCAGACAACCAAAGACAUCUCCUCUGGAAUGCCUCUUGGAUUCCUUUUCAAGGUUGAAACGAUGCAUGAUUUUGAAGCAGCAAACCCAGACGAACUGGAGCUGAAGAAAGGAGACAUUGUUUUGGUAGUACCCACAGAGCUAUCUGAAGAUCAGGAUGCUGGUUGGCUCACUGGCAUCAGAGAGAGCGACUGGGAACAGCGUGGCACCUCGGCUCAAAAAGGACUGUUUCCUGAAAACUUUACACAGCGUCUGGAGUAAAUGACCUCGACGUACAGAUCUGGACGUAUAUACUCGCCGUGAAGUCUGAUGUACUGAUGACAGCUGUCGAUCAGACUAGGCUAAUACCACAUAAGAGGAAAUAACACAAUCUACUAACGAAGCAAGAGGAGACACAAAUACCUACUCAGAGCAUAAAGAAAAUAUCCAAGCAUGACGUGAUAGUAUGGUCAACCUUUUCUCGCAAAACCAAGAUAAAAUCCCUGUUUUUUGUUCGUUUACCUGUGAGCAGCAACGACUUGAUGUGUGCUUUGUUGGAACUCUGGUGACCUCCACAUGUAAUCUCUGUCUGUCUAAAGAAGAACUAAAGUGAGAGUUUCCCCUCUAAAGACAAAAAAGCUACCUUAUCCUCUCUGCACCAAGUGUAUUGUAUUGACUUUGUUGCUCUGCAGCGAAUUUUAUCAGAAUUUGU